ACAACUUCUCUCUGCGGAACCGAACGUGAGCGGACGUGUGCGGACGCGUCGCUGCCGGGAAAAUAAGUUGCGUCGGCGUUGCGGCGUUGUUGUUUACGUGUUAUAAUAAAUUUGUGUGCGUGCGAGAAGGGCGCGCUCCUGUCUGUGUUGGUGUUAUUGUCGGUCGUUCUCAGCGCGAGUUUCGAAAUACCGCAUUGUUUAAUUACAGCCGCCGCGGCUAAUUUCAAUACAAACAAAAGCUGGUGUGUGAAUGAAAUUAUGCUAAAAUAGAUAAUAGUUAAAGCAGAGAGAAGAAGCCAAAAAGCAACAACUAAGCCGGCAUUGGAGAAGACAAAAAAAGAGAGAACAACAACAGAGAUAACAACAAAACGCAACUGCGACGUCAGCAGAGCCAACGAAGAAGAGGAAGAACCAAGCCUUGGUGGGCACAUUCCAACGUCAUCAGCCGGCGAAGGCCGGUGCAGCCGCCAAACCCGGGUCACCGAAUUCUUUCUUUCGCCGGAGAACUCACCUCUCCCCAACUGAAAUCGCUGAAACAACAUCUGCGGAAUUAAAGCGUCAACAACUCAUCAACAAGAGUGAUAAUCAGUAUUAAAGACCCUAAAAUGAAGCUCCCCUUGGGGCUGUUGAUGAUCUGUUUGGGCUUGACCCUCGCAAAUGGAGAGACAAAUCUGCCACCUGUGUUCACGCAGACCCUGAACAAUAUUAUCCUUUACGAGAAUGUGACUGUGGGCACGGUAGUUUUCCGUUUAGAAGCCUAUGAUCCCGAAGGAAGUCCUGUUACCUAUGGAGCCAUCGGUGCGGAUCACUUUAGCGUGGAUCCGGUUUCGGGAAACAUAACGCUAAUAAAACCACUGGAUCGCGAGGAGAAGGACACCUUGAAGUUCCUGGUGUCGAUAAGGGAUCGCGUAGAUCCCGAGGGAGAGUCGGAAAGGGAUAAUGUGGUCGAAGUGCCGAUUACUUUUAUUAUUCUUGAUCUGAACGACAAUCCACCGGAAUUUCAAAAUACUCCCUAUGAGGCCGAUGUAAACGAGGAUGCUGCGGUGGGAACAACUAUAUUUGAUAAGAUUACAGUCAAGGAUAGGGAUAUAGUUGGCGAAAGUCUCGAUUUGAAAUGCUUACCCCAACAGCAAAGUCCCGAAGCUUGCAAAAAAUUCCGCUUGCAUAUUAUAAAGCGAGAUGCCACCAUUCUGGAAGCAGCAGUUGUGCUCAAUGAUACACUGAACUACAAUCAGCGGAUGGUUUACCACUUCCAAAUCGAAGCCACCGAUGGGCCGCACAAGACGCAAACAACGUUUGAGGCGAGGGUGAAGGAUGUCCAGGAUAAGCCCCCCGUAUUUCAGGGCUCCCUCUCUACGGUUAUUGAUGAGGACAGUCCCAUUAACACCUUGGUGCUUACUGUCCACGCUCGGGAUGGCGAUACGGGCGAACCAAGGAAGAUUGUCUAUGAUCUACGGACAAAUCCCAAUGAUUACUUCCUGCUGGAUGCUCAGACAGGAGAACUGCGUACAGCUAAACCAUUAGAUCGGGAAGCUUUGGAAGAUUCCACUGGUAUUAUAUCGCUGGUGAUUCGAGCUCGUGAGCUUGUGAACGGAGUGCCCAGCGAUGAUCCCCUCACAAGUGCUACGGCCAAGGCAACAGUGACAAUUAGGGAUGUAAACGACUCUCCACCGGUGUUCAAUCACAAGGAGUAUUCCGUGUCCCUUUUGGAGAACACUCUACCUGGCACACCGCUCGCACUGGACAUGAGCGUCAGUGAUGCUGACGUGGGCAUUAACUCCAAAUUUGCACUGCGACUGGAUGACGUUUCCGGCGUAUUCGAUGUGGAACCUAAGCUGGUCACCGGGUACUCGCAGGUCAAUAUUCGCGUCGCAAACGGCACUCUGGACUACGAGAAUCCCAACCAGCGGAAGUUCAUCGUUCUGGUGGUGGCCGAAGAGACAGACACCAAUCCACGGCUAUCCUCCACGGCAACUAUUACGGUGAGUGUUUUGGAUGCCAACGACAAUAAGCCAGUUUUCGAGCAGGAGAGCUACUCUGCAUCUGUUUCGGAGGCGGCGCUUCCGGGUCAGUACAUCGCCACCAUUACGGCUCGGGAUGUGGACUCCGGAAGUUAUGGUGACUCCGGCAUUCGGUACAGCUUAUCCGGAACCGGUGCCGAACUUUUCCAUGUCAAUGAGCAGACAGGUGUUAUAAGACUAGCCAAUUGCCAUGGCAAUGGGGAGAGCAAUAGACGCGAGCGACGUGAUCUGAACGGGGAUGAGCAUGUCGAGGAUGAAGAUGGCGAGGGUCACCUGGAAAUGCUCUCCAUGGAGGCAGCUACUCGAGAAAUUGGCACAGAGCCCACCGUCCAGUACACGUUAAUCACCCAGGCGCCAGAGGAGCAGGCAUCGUUGGUUCCACUUUCAGCUCCUGUUCCACACGCAGCUCCAUCUGGAGUUCCCGCAGCGACUGCUAAUGACGACAAGGCACCGCAGACGUGUCUGGACUACGAAUCGGAGACCACGUACUUCUUGUCAUACAAGGCCACCGACGAUAAUGGACGUGGAUCCGCAUCUGUAGUGUCCCUACGGAUUUCUGUAACUGAUGCCAACGAUUCCCCGCCAGUCUGCGAAAGUCCCCUGUACAGGGCGAGCGUGGAUGAGGGAGCCGUGGUCUUUGAUUCCCCGCUGAUAGUCAAGGCAAGGGAUGCGGACACCAUGUCCAGAAUUAGCUACAGAAUCCGGGGCUCUGAGCAAGUUGAGAGCAUUUUCGAUAUUGAUCGUGAGACCGGGCAGAUCAUCAUCAGGCCGAAUGCCACGCUAGAUGUGACCAAUUUAAAUAGCGAUCAGCUCAUCUUCGCUGUGGAAGCCAACGAUGGACUAUUCACUGCUCACUGCGGCGUGAAUAUCACGGUUCGGGACGUAAAUAACCAUGUGCCCAAUUUUGAGCAGCAGAGCUACAGUGCCGUCGUCGAGGAGAACUCGGAGAUUGGAACGAGCGUGGAGCGGGUGCAUGCAACCGACUUGGAUACGGGCAAGAAUGCCGAGCUACGCUACCGCAUACAACAGGGAAGCUUUGAUGAUUUUGGCAUCGUUGAGACCACCGGCGAGGUGUUUGUUUCCCGAAAACUGGACUUCGAUCGACGCAACACCUAUCAGCUGCAGAUUCAGGCUUCCGAUCAGGGAACCCCAAGUCUUACGGGAACCGCCACUCUGACGAUAAAUGUUCAGAACAGUAAUGAUAAGGAUCCGUAUUUUGUGCCAGCUACACAGCAUGCUGAAGUGCGAGCAGACGCUCCUCCCGGGCAAUUGGUCUACACUCUAAUCGCCUUGGAUCCCGAUGUUGCCAACCAUAAUGCUUUGGAGUUUGCCGGCACCGACGACAUCACCGCAAUCGACAAGGAAGGCAAGGAGUUGCCGCAUUAUGAUCAGUUUAAGGAGUACUUUAAGAUUUCCAGAAACGGAAAGGUUUCGGUCAACAAGCAGUUGGAUCGCAAUUUGUUUGCUGUGAUGAGGAUCAACGUUCUGGUUACGGACAGCACAGCUCCCAAUGUGCAGCAGGGUCGCGGUUUGCUUAUCAUACAAAUCAUUGAUGUCAAUAAGAAUCCACCGCGCUUCAAUGCACCAUGGAGUGUGGAGCAGCCGCAAAUCAAGCUGCAAAUGGUGGAGGAGCAGCCUGUGGGCACCGUACUGACCACUCUUCAGGCCACCGAUGAGGACUCCAGCAUUGGCGAAUUUAAUAUCAGUGACAACGACUAUUUCGCCAUUAACCAGACCAGCGGAAUGAUCUACACCAUUGCCCGGCUCGACUACGAAGCCGUAAAGGAGGUCAAGUUCCAAGUCACCGUCAGUGAUACGGGUGUGCCCGCUCUAACAGCCACCGCUGAUGUGGUGGUGGAUAUUAUUAACCUGAACGAUAAUGACCCAAAGUUCUCUCAAUCUGAUUAUUACUUCAAUGUUACGGAAAACUCACCCCGCGGCACGGUGGCGGGAAAAGUGGAGGCCCAUGAUGGCGAUGUGGGCGUCUUUGGAGAAAUCACUUACACGCUGAUCGGGGAAAAUAACAAGUACUUUAGCAUUGAUGCCUAUACGGGCAACGUAAUGGUGGCCAAUUCCUCGAUUCUCGAUCGGGAGCAAAUUAAGGAGCUCACGCUCUCCGUGGUGGCUCAGGAUAAGGCUCCAGCUGCUGUCCAAAAAUCGGCCACGGCAACGAUCCACAUUAACAUUUUGGAUGUCAAUGAUAAUGCUCCCGUUUUUACACGAGAUGUAUACAACUCUACGGUGGCGGAAAAUGCCGCCUAUCAGCCGCCUGCAGCAUUGCUCCAAGUUCAGGCCAUUGACCAGGAUGAGGGUCUAUACGGAGAUGUGCGGUAUAUCAUUACUGCUGGCAACGAAAUGGGACUCUUCAAGCUCGAUGCGCAGUCUGGCAUCGUGUAUCCAGCGCAAAGUUUGUCUGGAAAACAUGGAGCCUACGAGCUAACCAUUUCGGCACGCGACACUCAAGGAUCAGGAACCAUGGAAAGCACAACGAAAGCGAUUAUUACUGUACUAAGGGUUAACCGCCAUAAGCCGGAGUUUGUUAUACCCGCGUUGUCCAAUGCCACUAUUGAGAUACCCGGUGAUAUUGUUCAGCCCGAUUAUCUACUGCUCACCGUCAGGGCAAUGGAUAAUGAUACGGAGGAAAACGGCAAAAUUAGUUACCACCUGCAGGUGAACAAUCGGAACGAGCAGCAGACCGGAGAAUUCAAGAUCGAUGAAGUGACAGGAGAAUUGCGAGCCAAAACGCAGUUGAACCGAAAAAACCGUGCCAACUACGAUAUAAUAUUGGUUGCCCGAGAUGCAGGCAAUCCUCCAUUUGAAUCCCUGCGCCUCCUCAGCGUCAGCAUUGUGGAUGCCAACGAGAACCGACCGGAGUUUCCCGAUGCCUCCAAUCCUUAUAAGGUGUCCAUCAACGAGAAUAGCGGUCGGGAUGUGAAGAUUGGACACAUUCAAGCGGCUUCAAGAAGCAAGCACAACCGGGAUAUAUUCUACUACAUGCUGUUGGGCAAUGAGGAUGGUGCGUUUUAUGUGGACAAGCUGACUGGGGAUAUUUACACAAACAAGAGCCUAGAUCGCGAAGAAACGGAUGUGUACACUUUAUACAUCCUAGCCAGCAUCAAGGCGGAUCUGCAUAUAUCCGAAGAGGAACGCGCCUCUUUCUCGAUUAAGACCCUCAACCGGGAUAACACAGUCGCAAAAGUGGCCAUUACAGUCUUGGAUGUGAACGACAAUCCUCCCGUGUUUGAAAAGCCCAUCUACUAUGCCGGAGUAAACGCCAAUGCCAAGAUGGGGGCAGCUAUUACGCUAGUAAAUGCAACGGAUGCAGAUCAAGGCAAGAACGCCAAGAUCGAGUUUAUGAUCGUCGCCUCAAAUCUGUAUAAGUUUGGAGCCACCAAAUCCACAGGAUCGAUUGUUCCCAGUCCGUUUGCCAUUUCGCAGGAUGGUCGCAUCUCAGCAAACACUAUCAUGGCUGAGUACAACCAGGAUCGAUUCGAACUGGAGAUCGUGGCAAGAGAAUUGGAGCAACCCCAGCGCUCAGCCAGUACUAAAGUGAAUAUCUGGGUCUUUGAUGGCACGCAGCUGGUGCGUGUAAUUCUGUCCCGUCCGCCGGAAGAGGUUUACCAGGAACAGGAGGAGAUCAUUGCUGAGUUGCGCAAUGCCACCCAGCAUCGCAUCAUCGUUGAUGAAAUAAGAUUCCAUUUGGACUCGAUUGGACGCAUACGUAUGGACUGGUGUGACCUGUACUUCCAUGCAGUUGAUCCUCAGACCCAGCAAAUUGCACCAGUUGAUGAGAUUCUCAAGGAUAUCGACAGAAACUACGAUUAUCUAAAGGAUUACUACGCUGGUUUUGCCAUAGAGAACGUUGUGCCCGCCUACAUAGCUAUUGUGCAAGAUGAGUUUGAUCUAGCAGUGGCUGGAUUGGUGGCGCUGGUCAUCGUCCUUUUUGUUGGCGUUAUUAGUUUUAUUGUCCUGUGCUGCUGCCUAAAGCAUUGGAAUCUGUCGGUGCCCGUGGAGACCCGUCGCAAGGAGGCCCUAAUUAAGAAGCAGAUAAUAGAGGACCUAAACACUACCGAAAAUCCGCUGUGGAUAGAACAAAAAUUGAAACUGUAUGAGGAACAGGAACUGACAAUGCAGGUUUUCUCGGAGCCCGAUCACAUAUCCAACUCUGAGGCACCGGGCCACCUCGACCAUCGUAGCUCUCUUGAGCAGGUUCAUCAUGUGGGCCAGACGGUGGACAACACGUAUGCCACCAUUCAGCCGCGCAAUAAUCAAAAUCGUCUUACUGGCGGCGGUGGUGCCGGCGGUGGAUCGAUGCGCAGCGGGGGAGGUGCCAGCGCCGGAGGAGUGGGAGGUGCUGGUCUACUACUGGCCCGCGUUGAUCCGCACAUGAAUGAAUUUGCGGAUUAUGCCACGUUGAGAAACAAUAGAGCGCCCUCGUUGUACGAGUUCACAGGAUCCACAUUUCAGGCUCCCAUCCGGGACGGAGACGACGCCGUGGCCGAGCUGAUCUAAGGGUCGAUGGGAACUGCUGCCCAAAAAGAUGUGUAAAUUAUGUAGUAGCUGUGUAUCUGUGUUGUAGACAAGCCCUCGCCGUGGUUAAGUUCAACCGAAUCUGUUCUGUUGCACCUUUGAGUUCGUCGUUGCGUUUUCAUCAACAAUAUUCUAGACACGUACAUAGAACAUAUAAAUACUUAUAUACAUAGCGUAGUUGUAACUGGCAAGCCAGCGUUUAUCUAGAACUCAAGUAAUCAGGAUAGAGAGCCAGGAGCAGAAACAGAACUACAAGAACCCAUAGAGGAAAUUCUCCCGCAUAAUUAAUGACAAUAAUAUAUAUGUACUAUUAUAUAUUGACAAUGUCUAGCCGUAAUGAAACGAUAUGAAUAUGUAAGAGUUACUAAUGUACAUCUACAAUUGCAUCUACACAAUUCAGUCUUUACUCGAAAACUUCCGCGAUAUUAGUUUUAAUGGCGAUCCAAAUCGUCUACAGCUUAAGUUGUACCACUAAAAAGACUAAAUUAUUUGCUCUUCCAAUUCCGUAACACGUUUAGUUGUGUGUUAACAAUUAGUUACUUAGAUCCUAGUUUAAUUAGCCAAACUUGCUCAUACUUAUAAGUUCAGAAUUUAAGUUGGAGUGAAUUGGAAAUGUGCAACGAACUAAGUUACUUUUGACCGCUGUCCGACUCCUCACGGGCAGAGCCAGAAACUCAUUUAUGUUUGCAUUUACAUUAAACAUAUACACAUACAUAUGAUAA